AACACUACUCGUCUCUCUCUCUCUCUCUCUCUCCACUCAUCCUCGUCUUAUUUUUCCCAAAUCAGAGUUGAAAUGAAGAAGUUUUCCUGCUUAGCACUCUUAGCCUUGGUGGUGGCCGUGGCGACGGUGUUUCUUUCUAAAGCGCCAGUGGCAGAGGCUGCGACCUGUAGCGCCGUGGCGCUAAGCCCGUGCUUGUCGGCGAUCACCGGGGGAACGGCGCCGUCGAGCGUGUGCUGCAGCAGGCUCAGAGAGCAGAGGCCAUGCCUUUGUGGGUACCUGAAGGAUCCCAACCUCCGCCAGUAUGUCAACUCUCCUAACGCCAAAAAAGUUGCCUCCGUCUGUGGUGUUUCCUACCCCAAGUGUAGUUGAUUGCCUGCAGAAAUCAGAAUAUAUAUUAGUAAGAAAUAACUAUUUAUGAAUAAAAUCCAGUCUAAAAUAUUUGUAUGCCUAGUGCAAAUUAGUGAAAUGAUAAUGGAUGGCUUACGUUCCGGUUCCUACAAUAUCACGAUGAUACAUGUAUAAACAACAGUUUGUAUUGCAAUUAACACGGUUCAUUUUGCU